GCACAGGUCGGUCUCUUGGUAAGCUUGCUUUUGAGAUGUUUAGUUGUUUUGCUUGUGUCUGGACACACAAACGGCAACUGCGGUUUGUUUGAAUAUUUUCUUGUUCAUUUUUCUGACAACUUUUAUUAGAUUUUAGUUGCCAAAUCUUAGCACAGUCUAGCAUUAAAAUGGAGCUUAGUUAACGUUAGCUUCCACUGACGUUAACUAGCAUCAUGUCCCAGGACGAACUUUUCGUGGACUCGGGACAGACUAACGGGAUUGGCAAGGAGAAAAACAGCAGAAGCCGCCUCGGUCUCGUCGUCACGGGGGUGGUUGGUGGAUCGUUGGUCGCCCUCUACGCAGCGGCUGCUCCAUUUGUCGCCCCUGCCUUAAGAAAAGUAUGUCUUCCGUUUGUCCCUGCGACCACAGCUCAGGUGGAAAAUGUCCUCAAAGUACUUCGUGCGAGAUCAGGGACCUUGGUGGACAUCGGAAGCGGAGAUGGAAGAAUAGUGAUUGCAGCAGCCAAGCAUGGAUUUCAAGCAACCGGUUUUGAGUUGAACCCCUGGCUGGUGUGGUAUUCACGCUACAAAGCUUGGAGAGAGGGCGUCCAUCGCUCCACUUCUUUCCACAUCUCUGACUUAUGGAAGGUCAGUUUCUGUCAGUAUUCCAACGUUGUUAUUUUUGGAGUUCCUCAAAUGAUGGACCAGCUGGAAUUCAAGCUUGCAAGUGAGCUGCCGAGUACAGCUAAAGUGGUGGCCUGCCGUUUCCCCUUUCCUACAUGGGUUCCUGAACAUACAUCAGGGGAGGGGAUAGACACUGUGUGGGUGUAUGAUGCUAAAACAUUUAAAUCAAAUUUGCAAUAUGGACUGACAAGAAAUACAUUUGCAAAACAGGAAUCAACAGAUUCACACACAUAAGAUCUUUUAGCUCAUGUGCUGUUAUCAGGGAUAUAAUUAAAAAAAAAAAAAAAAAAAAAAUAUAUAUAUAUAUAUAUAUA